CUGGAGCAGAGAAGAAAGGGAGGAAGAGGAGAGGAUAAAAUCCUCUUUCUGCCAGAGCCGUGGCUGGCCCUUCCCUUUCCGUGGGCUCUCCAGCCUCUCCCCACCGCGGAUGGCUGCAGCCCCCUGCAGCUGAGUCAGUCCCUGCCCUCCCGCAGCACUGCAGCACCCGCAGCUCCUUGCAGCACCCGCAGCAGCAGCAGCAGCAGCAUGGCCAGCACCGUCUCAGCCUACAAGGAGAAAAUGAAGGAGCUGUCUCUGCUCUCCCUCAUCUGCUCCUGCUUCCACACCCAGCCCCACCCUAACACCAUCUACCAGUAUGGAGAUAUGGAGGUGAAGCAGCUGGAUAAGAGGGCAUCAGGCCAGAGCUUUGAAGUGAUCCUCAAGUCCCCUUCAGAUUUGUCUCCUGAGAGCCCAAUCCUCUCCUCCCCCCCCAAGAAGAAGGACCUGUCCCUGGAGGAGCUGCAGAGGAGGCUGGAGGCUGCAGAAGAGAGGAGGAAGACCCAGGAGGCCCAGGUGCUGAAGCAGCUGGCUGAGAAGCGGGAACACGAGCGGGAGGUGCUGCACAAGGCGCUGGAGGAGAACAACAACUUCAGCCGCCUGGCCGAGGAGAAGCUCAACUACAAGAUGGAGCUGAGCAGGGAGAUCCGUGAAGCACACCUGGCUGCCUUGAGGGAGAGGCUCCGUGAGAAGGAGCUGCACGCAGCCGAAGUGCGCAGGAACAAGGAGCAGCGGGAGGAGAUCUCUGGCUAAAGGGCUUUUCUACACACCUAGCGCCUGGUUCCUGUCACCAACCCAACCCAUCCACCACCCAACACCUUCUCUUUUCUUUGUCUUAGAUGCAACAUUGGGUUCUCCAUCCCUCCCCUCCCACCCCACCCCUCCCCUGGUGUUUGUCCCCCAGCUACACACUUCUCUCUCUCUGCAUCCUUCAUCCUUCAGUGCUUGUGGGGAUCGCAGGGACCUCUGAGCAGAGAGCCACUAGUUCAUGGGGAGCAGAGAGUCACUUGAUGGGUCACUCAACCCAGCAGCUUCCUGGGAGGGUUUUGUCCUUUUAUAGAGAAAGAAAAGAACAAAAACCAACCAAAAAAUCUUCUUAAACUGAUGGGGAAAAAAAGAAACCCCCAAAACCCACUGCAAGGAGCUCAAGACAUGAAUAAAUGCCAGCAGCAGGGGCAUGGAGAUGGAGACUGCUUCCCCAGGGCUGUGCCUUCUCCUGGUGUUUGCUGGGAGCCAGUGAUGGCUUUCAGAAUGCUGGGGAGGAAGUGGUUGCUCCUCUGGGGGAGGUGGGGCAGGGAGCAGCCCCACGUUCAGCAGUGGUAGGAGAGGAGGAGGAGGGAUGGGCUGGCUCAGGAGCUGUGGUGUGCAGGACCCCCACCACCAGGCUGCACCUGAUCCAGCCCAGGCAGGCAGUGACCCAAAGUGCUCAGCUCUGGGUGGCUCUGGUAGCCUGGGUGACAGGAGGGGAGACUCUCCCCCCAGAGCUCGGUGCAGGCUUUGCCUGGUGUCCUGGUUGGCCGUGGACUGGAGGAGCCCACAGGCCAAGCCACCUUCUGCCUGGCAGAGCAGGCACCAGGAGGCCCUGGCUGAGCAGCCCAGGAGAGCCACAGCUGCUGACUCCAUCCUUGGCUCUGCAGGAGCCCUGGAGAGGGUGCCUGCUCUGUGGGCUCUCCAGCACUCCCAGACCACGAGAUUUCCCUCCAGUAAAGCAAAUCCAACAGUGUGCAAGAGCCCUUCAGUGAACAGAAUCUCCCUUCCCUCCUCCAGGAGAUGGAUGUGAGCCUUGGUACCAUCACAGGGCAGCCACCCAGGGCUCUGCCUGCCCAAUGCCUCCAGGCCUGUGGCUUUGGGUG